AUGUGGUACGAACAAGCGCGGUACGACAACGACUAUGAGAUAAAAGCACACUGCAUCUCCGUAAAUUUCAUGACGGAUCAGAACAUGUAUAAUACCACAGAAAUCCUGGGCGACAUACCAUAUAUUUUCACCGGACCAAUGAACGCCGCUUCCAACGGCACAGGUGUGAUCUUCUUCCAUUCAUCCCUGUUCAAAAAGAUAGAGCAUACGGAUGAGAUGCCAGUCGCUGUUCUUGCCCUGGACGUGAACAAUUACGCUGUGAUGUAUGACUGUAAAUACGACGAGGGGACGAAGAAACGCCACGACUACCUCUGGAUUGUGUCCCGUUUCAAAACCUACGGAGGCGAAACUAAGGCAUUUGUGGAUGACUUGCUCGACAAGACGCCGUUUUUAGACAAAUCUAGGCUCCUUUGGCAGGACUUGUCGCCUAAAUCAUGUAAUCGAUGA